AUGGAUUUCACAGGAUAAUUCAGAUUAGAUGAAGACUCAAUGGCAAUAAAUAUCUUCCAGACACCUGUUAAAGGCUUAAUGUAAGGUAUGUUUAAUUUUCUCAUCUACUUUUCUAAUAUUAUAUUACAUGUUAUGGCGGAAUAUUUUCGCGCUUAUACAACAAUUUUGUGAC